CGUCAGGCCUGCACACUGUUGCAGGACCUAUACACUAUAAUAAAAACAGAAAGUGAGACUUUCUGUAUAAGAGUGUAUACGGCUUGUUUCUUGCACGGUCUAUGGGGAAAUCUGUAACCAAAAUGUUACACCCCUGUGAUUGGCACAAGUUAGGGGUGUGGUUUACGGUAUGCCAGUUAAUACGGGCAUACUGCAUAGUCAGCAUAGCUGUCGCUAGAAUGUGGUUGGGCUAAUAGCCUAAUAAUUAUAGAAGUAUUCCAUGUGGUUUGUAUCCAGUUCCCGUUUAUCCCGAUUAUUUCCCUUUCCCAUCCAGGCCUGACGGAGCUAUUUCCAACGCUGCGCAAGAACGAUGGAGAGAGCAUAUGUUUCAGUUUUUCCAUUGGCUUAUGCUAUGUUACUGUGUAAUGGAUAGUGCUGAAGCGAGGAAUCACGUUAAUGUGUUUUGCGUUCUUGUAAUCUUGUUGUGGAAAAACGUGUUUCGUGUUGGAUGUUAAGGAAACAGUAGCAGGCUUGUAAGGUUCAACCAAAGAUUAUUGUGAUUCGUAUAAGGUAUUUCACAUAGCUGAAGCUCAUCCCUCUUCCAUUUCCAAAGAGUUCUCAGUUCUGCUGUCAUUUGAAACCUGACUGGUUUCACUGCUCCCGUUGUUAUCAGCUUCCACAUCAUGGGUGUUCUCAUUUCACGGUGGAUUUUGGUAGUGUGUAUUUCAUGGAUAAUAGUGACAGCAUGCAGUGCAUAUACCCAUUCACACAGCGAAGACGAAUCGGACAACGAGCAAGAGCACAUGUCUGGAUCCGGGUCAUUUGUCUUGGACAACCCCAGUGAUCACGUUAUAACACAUGGUAAAUGUGUUCCCGUAACGAUCCCGUUGUGCCAGGACAUGGAUUACAACGAGACCAUCAUGCCCAAUCUCCUCCGCCACAACACACAAGAAGACGCCGGACUGGAAGCGCAUCAGUUCUUCCCGUUGGUCAAAGUGAACUGCAGCGCCAAUUUCCAGUUCUUUUUAUGCAUUCUGUAUGCGCCCGUCUGCACCAUGAUGGAUUUUCCCAUUCCGCCGUGCCGCGAGCUGUGUGAGUCCGCUCAGCUCGGCUGCGAAAGUCUUAUCACCAAGUUUGGAUUUUCUUGGCCGGAACAGCUUAGGUGCUCGCAAUUUCCGUACUAUUCGGAAAGAAAAGAAGACCCGAUGUGUGUGCUCGGCAACAAGCGGCUGAAAAAGGCAGAUCUUUACAGCGGUCGCACAACGCUAACACCGGUACUGGAUGAUGAUUAUUCCUUCGUAUGUCCUGAACAGUUAAAAGUCCCCGAGAAGAAAAAGUACGAAGUUUACAUUAACAGUAAACUAGAGCCCAGUUGCGCUCUGCCAUGCAAUAUUUUGUCAGAAUUCUUCGCAGAGAAUGAUAUCACAUCGCUUCGGUACUUCAUCGGGGUCGUGGCCAUUCUUAACGUGAUUGUUUCUCUGGUUUUCAUUCUGACAGUGCUGACGGACUGGAAGCGUUUCCAGUAUCCUUUGCGGCCGGUAUUCUGGCUGGCGCUCUGCUGGUUUACCGUGGCCUUGGUUUAUAUUGCUGGUUUUUUUAUGGGUGAUGCAGCAUCAUGCAUCCGGUUUGGGGAAUCUGCGGUGACUGCCGACGUCGCGGUUCCUGUUAUUACUCAGAGCUACACGGUUACCGGAUGCACAAUCAUGGCGAUGAUAUUGUAUUUCUGCUUCUUGGCGUCGUCCAUCUGGUGGGUUAUUCUAACUGUUACAUGGUACCUGUUAACGCACAAACAAUGGUGCUACGAAGCCAUUCAAGAAAAAGAUGGACUGUUCCAUGCCGUCACUUGGUCUGUGUCGUCCAUUAUGGCCAUUGUGCUUUUGGUCCUGGGUCACAUUGACGGAGACGUGAUGAGCGGGGUGUGCUUCCUGGGGCUUUGGGACACAUCGGUAUUGCGGGGAUUUGUUCUGGCACCCCUUCUCCUUUGUAUUGCAGUCGGUCUUAUAUUCUUACUGCAUGGCUUUGUAUCGCUCCAUCGGAUUCGGACGGAUUACGUUGGACGUAACAACCCUCAAGCCGGGAAGUUGCCACUGGACAUUGAGCGCACGAAGAUCCUCUCUUUUUCCAUUCUGUUUUUAUUUCCCAUGGCAGUUUUGGUCGGCUGUCUUUUGUAUGAAUCCCAGUUUAUGGAUUCAUGGCUGGUGACUUGGCAUAACAAAGUGUGCAGGAAAUAUGGAUUGAAAUGUCCGGAAAAUUCACCGGAAUUUCAGGAUAACACCAGCUGGCCGGAACCGCAGAUGUGGGUGUUUUUUGUCAAAUACAUUGCGAUUUUAAUCAUGCCGAUAGCCGUAGCUUGGUGGAUGGUCUCUCCGAAAACAUAUUACAGUUGGACGAAGGUGGCGCGGAAGAUUUAUAGCCCUGCUUACCAAGAAGCGCCACAACACCAGCGAAAUUACAAUGUGUACCACUCGUGAGUUCAACGUAUGCGAACACUUCAUACUUGAAUUCGUAGGGUAUUUGUUAGAAUUUGGCACAAGAAGUCGUCGGUUGUACCAAAUUUAUGCAAACUUUUCCGAUCUCUGGGUUCUUAGUUGGUCAGUCUCUUCGGCGUUUUGUAAAUCCAGGUUUUGUACUUGUUUUCUAUGCUUUCCUAGGUGAAUGCUGUGUCGUUGUUAUUUUUACUUUUUUUAUGUUUUACUGCUGUUUUAUACUUCGGAAAUACGGAUACAGUGUACUUGUAUGAGUAGUUGUGGUUUCUGGCAAUGAGUGAAAUGGUCGUAUUAAAAUGUGCACUUUCGA